CCUCCUUCCUUUCAUUACGAUCUAUUCAUCUGAACGACCUCCCUGUGUCUGAUGACUCGGCUAGCUCAACACCGCUUUCUAUUCUUAUCCUAUCUCACUCAUCUUAACACUUCUCCAACCACGCAUCCACUCUAGGUAGCAACGCAGCAUCCAAAAAUGGCUACCCCAUCGUCGCCUGGCAUCCCGAGGUCAGACUCGGCCUCACCUCCGCCUGCCACCAUUCCAGAUCGUCCAGCCUCUCCGGAAGUGCCACUCACCAUGUCCGCCUCAGCCAUCCUCAUAGCUCAACCUCGCGAUGUGGCCUCUGCUCUGAGCAGCGCAGGCGAGUAUCCUUCAGACAAGGUCGUCGUCAAAUUCAAGGCUGUCGGAAGUGCACCCUCGCUCGCUCGAGGGGUGGCCAAGAUCUCAUCUACCCAGACAUUCCACACUGUCAUCUGGUAUCUGCGCAAGAGGCUCAAGCUUCAAGAAACAGACAGCGUCUUUUGUUACGUCAAUGACUCUUUCGCCCCCUCCCUCGACGAGAUUGUCGGUAACUUGCAUAGUUGCUUCAAAGAUUCAAGCGGUCAGCUUGUGAUUUCUUAUGCUAUGAAUCCAGCCUUCGGCUGAGAUUAAGUACGCUAUUACAUGGUAUCCUAUGGCUGAAUAACGAUGAAAAUGCCUCCGCCCUCUAGACUCCCAAACACCGGUAAUGCAGCACGAAAGUGACGCAAAGCAACGAUCUAUUAGCCACCGAACCCGGUCAGCUCCUCACAACUUUUCCAAAGCGCUGGUAAAUUCGUCAAGCGCCUCCUUGGAAAUGGGAUAGGUGUGCUCGGGUGCAGGAUACUGUCGGCUCUUCACCUCGUC